AAUUAAGCUAAUUGUUAUUUAUAAUAAAAAUAUAUAAAAGCUACAAGUUAACCAUGAAGUCUAUUAGUAAGUAAAUCAAUCUUCUUGAUUUGGCUAACUAUAUAUUUAGGUAUUUACUAUGUUUGAAAUUCAAGAACACCUGGGAACCAAAACAGUGAAUCAGGGAGUGUCUGUAAUGGACUAAAGAUUGUUGCAACUUGCAAGCAACUAGGAAAGUGGAGUGAUAUGCAUGCCUAGUUUGUGGGGCAACCCUAAGAUUGUUAGGAAAGAUUUUGUGAUAUAGGUUAAACACGGAAAGAGAGGCUGAUAGGCUAUGCCUAUUAGUUUUAACCGAGUGGAGUGAGUGGUCUCUCGGGCCAUUUUAGGGCGACUCAGAGAGUUACUUCACAUUGAACACGUAUGGUCUAUGUCAUUUUUCUCUUUUAAUAAUAUAUGGUCUAUGUCAUUUAGAACACGUGCUAGUCUUUGCAGCCUUUGUUUUUCAACCCACAGCAUCUAUAAACUCCAACCCCCAAAUUCAAUUCCCCAUAUCUCUAUCCCAUCUCCUGGAAGAGGGACUUCAAUGCUCUGAAUCAUUGGGUUUGGAGUAUUGGGAAGUGUAUAAAUCUCAGUGUCAGUGAAAAAACAACUGUCACUGCGAUAACCGGACGUUGAUACCUCAACGUCAAAGACCCAUCACCUUUGAUUUAUUUAUAGAGGAAGCUUACAAGGCUAUAGUUGAAGGAGUUCUUUUCAUCAUUUCGUUUAUCAGACAAGAAGACGCAGGCUUAAUUUUUGUUGGGUGUUUUUUUUUCCUUUUCUUUAACCGAAGAUGGGGGAGGAAGUGCUUCCACAAGGUGGGACCAAGUGCUAUGAUGACGAUGGCCGCCUCAAGCGAUCUGGAACCGUGUGGACCGCUAGUGCACAUAUUAUUACAGCAGUCAUUGGUUCCGGGGUUCUGUCACUGGCUUGGGCCACGGCUCAGCUGGGAUGGGUCGCUGGUCCAUUGGUGAUGAUUUUGUUUUCUUUUGUAACUUACUUCACCUCCACUCUUCUUGCUGCUUGUUACCGCUCUGGUGACCCUGUUAACGGCAAGCGAAACUAUACUUACAUGGAUGCUGUCCGAUCAAAUCUUGGUGGGUUUAAAGUUAAGAUUUGUGGGUGGGUUCAAUACUUGAACCUUUUUGGAGUUGCCAUUGGGUACACCAUUGCAUCAUCAAUUAGCAUGAUGGCUAUCAAAAGGUCGAAUUGCUUCCAUGCUAGUGGUGGCAAAAAUCCAUGCCAUAUGAAUAGCAACCCUUAUAUGAUUGCUUUUGGCAUUGUUGAAAUCAUUUUCUCUCAAAUUCCCGACUUUGAUCAACUAUGGUGGCUCUCCAUUGUUGCUGCUGUCAUGUCUUUCACCUACUCUACAAUUGGACUUGGCCUUGGUAUUGGUAAAGUAGCAGAAACUGGGACAAUUAGGGGAAGCCUGACUGGAAUCAGUGUUGGAACUGUGACUCAAACCCAAAAAAUAUGGAGGAGUUUCCAGGCACUUGGAGACAUUGCUUUUGCCUAUUCAUACUCCCUUAUACUCAUUGAAAUUCAGGACACCCUUAAGGCUCCACCAGCAGAAUCAAAGACAAUGAAGAAAGCAACCUUGAUAAGUGUUGGAGUGACGACCUUGUUUUACAUGUUGUGUGGUUGCAUGGGCUAUGCUGCUUUUGGAGACUUGUCACCUGGAAACCUUUUAACUGGUUUUGGAUUUUAUAACCCGUUUUGGCUCCUUGAUAUUGCCAAUGCUGCCAUUGUGAUUCACCUUGUUGGUGCAUAUCAAGUUUACUGUCAACCUCUUUUCGCCUUCAUUGAGAAAAGCGCGACCGAGCGGUUUCCGGACAGUGAAUUCAUUACCAAAGAUAUCAAGAUCCCGAUCCCGGGUUUUCGCCCUUACAAUCUCAACUUGUUCCGAUUGGUUUGGAGGACAAUUUUUGUGAUCAUUACAACAUUGAUCUCCAUGCUUCUUCCUUUCUUUAAUGACAUUGUUGGACUCCUUGGGGCACUUGGAUUUUGGCCAUUAACAGUUUAUUUCCCAGUUGAGAUGUACAUUUCACAAAAGAAGAUACCUAAGUGGAGCACAAGAUGGGUUUGUCUUCAAAUCCUUAGCAUUGCUUGUCUCUUUAUCACCAUUGCCGCAGCUGCCGGUUCGAUUGCCGGGGUUGUUCUUGAUCUCAAGUCGUUCAAGCCCUUUGCGACAGUAUACUAGUUCGGUAGAAUUGACCCGGUAUGAUUCGCAACAUUCACGGACAGUAAAAGGCCAAGAAAAACUGAUCUUUUAGGAACAAAUGAAGGUUGUUGUUCAUGUUCAUAUAUGAAGCCAGAAUUUGCAGUUUUUAAUUACCUUAUAAAUUCAACAAAAAAUGGAGGCCAUUUGGGUGACCAUUUCCACUUGUAAGUUGUAACUUUCAAUGUCACUCAAUCCAAAGGAAAAAAGAAUUGAACUCAA